AUGUGUUAUGAUUUCAAGGCUUUAUUGACACGAUAUGUUACUGUCAAUAAAGUGAAGGUGACCGAUCUGGGAAACAUGGCACGCAAGUGCGGUGUUUUUCCCGAGUCCAACAAGGCGGCCACGAUCGAAAAACUGGCCGCCGAGUUGGCAAAACCUUCGGUCCACGACAAACCUUUUCAUCUGAUCUCGUUUGACGUGGGACUGCACAACUUUUCGUUUUGUCGCAUCAAGAAAGACCCGGGCCAUUGGACAACACCCCCGUCGGUGGUCCAAUGGUACAAGGUCGAUCUUCACAAGUAUACCGGGAUCAAGGACAAAACGUUCACCCCGUUGAAUUACUAUGCCAUCAUCAAAAAUGUGGUGGACCGGCUGAUUUACACGGAAAAGGAGUCCCCCGACGUGGUGAUCGUGGAAAGACAGCGAUUCCGUUCGUUUGGCGGCGCGAGAACCGUGGUGGAAACAGUACUCAAGUCCAAUGUUUUGGAAAUGAUCCUGAUCGCUUCCGUUUUGAACCUCGGCAAAAGCGAGCUCAUCAACCAGUCUCCUCGGAACAUGGUUCAAUACUGGGCACCAGGAGGAAUCAAGAAAGAUCAACGGAUCCACCUGGUCAUUGGCUGGGUGGAAAAACUACUCAGAAACGAAACCGAUUCCGUUCCGUUCAGAUUUGGACCCUGCUUUGACCUGAAAAAUCUGCCCAAGGUCCGCAAAAACACGCUCUCAAGUGCUUAUCUAUACAAUCUAGUGGAAGCCCUCAACACUGUAAAUAGCGAAUACGGGGUCACGGUGGAAAAGUCCCGCUCCAAAGGCGACGACGCUGCCGACUCUCUUCUUCACGGGCUUCUCUUCUUCCAAUACGAGCAACACAAGGAAUCCAUCCGUCAAACACUCAUCAAAGGCUAG